AUGACGACUCCAGAACGAAAAUAUCGCGUGGAGAUCCAAUCCAUGAUGUACGUCUCCGGCGAAAUCGCGGAUCCACUCCCCGAGGUCACCGGUCUCGUCGAGGACAUCGUCCGCUCCCAAGUCGUCGAGCUCCUCCUUUGCGCAACACAGCAGUCAGCUCGGCGCGGCUCACGAUCGAUCGGUGUCGAGGAUCUGAUCUUUAUUAUUCGAGGGGAUAAAGCGAAGGUUUCGCGGCUGCGGAAUUAUCUGAGUUGGAAGGAUGUGAGGAAGAACGCAAAAGAAGAGGGCGGAGGCGGCGAUACGGAAGCAAACCUCCUCGACGACCCCGCAACCACAAACGCACCCGGCGGCCCUGUCGCUGCACCCGGCAAAAUCCGUAAAGCCAAAGUCCGACUCCCUUGGGAUCUCUCCUCCAUUAUCCCCAUCGAGUCGCUCCACGACCCCGAUAACCCGGAAGAAGAAGACGAGGAGGAUAUCGAGGCCAACCAAGCCACGCUCGAAAGACUGAAAAACGCGGAUGAGAGAACGAGAGUCAUGAGUCGGGAUGAGUACGUGCAUUGGUCGGAGUGUCGACAAGCUUCAUUUACGUAUCGGAAGUCGAAGAGGUUUAGGGAGUGGUGUGGGAUGGGCGCUGUCGUCGAGACCAAACCCAGUGACGAGAUUGUCGAUAUUUUGGGUUUCUUGACGUUUGAGAUGGUUACGACGAUUACGGAGGAGGCACUGAAAGUGCGUGCGACGGAACAAUUACUACAAGGACAGGAAGGAGGACGGAAGGGAAGGAAGAAGGAGCCUGGAUUGUUUGAUGGGCCGGAGGAAGGGGUUGAGCCAUUGCAGAUUAGACACGUGGAGGAGGCGUAUCGCCGCUUACAGCGGGUUGGUAAAGGACGUGGGCUGAGGACUUUCCAGGGUGGUCUUGUGAGAAGUCGUGUUACUCUGAUCUGA